CGCCGCCACCGCACGCUGCACACUUCUCCCCUCCGUUUCUCCCCUCGUUUCAUUUGCUUCCUUAACAAAAAAUACUUGAAAAUCGUUUGCGUUUGCGGUGAUAACUGUCGGGGCUCGUAGCUGAUGACCCGUGAGUCACAAAAUAACACAUCUACAGACAGUAUUAAUGGGAAAUAUUGGUUGUGACAGCAUUUUGGUCACGUGCAAGGAGGCGGUUGCUGUGUACACCAUGCUCGUCUCCAGUUACGCAUGUGAUAUACGAUUACUGUGUUAACCGAAUGAUGGCUGUUGGUGCGUAUAGGAUAGGACUAUAUACGUAGCAAGAUUCAUUUGCGUAUAUUUUCGGACGAUCCGUCAGCCACUGUGAACCCUGGUGAACCGGUGCAUACCAUUUUAAUUAUCAGUGAAUUAGUGUGAAGUGGACAUAUGUAAUGAUGCAUCGACGGAAUCUGCUUUUGUAAAGUUCAGACUGAUAAUACCAUUUGCUGAAGCCCAAGAAAUAUAUUUGAGGAAGAUAUGAAAGCAUAAAGAGAGAUUGAAGAGUCUUCUCCGGUGCUGUAAUGUUUCUGUGAUAACGCUGCUGUGAAAACCCUCCGUCCUUCAAGUGAGUCUUCUGUUCACCCAAGAGAAGAGAGAACUCGCUGUCAAUUUAAUGCAAUCCACGUCUUUCAAGAUCGCCGUUCAAAAGAUCUCAUUAUAUGUAUGACGUCUCCUUCACUACCGUGAUCGUCGAGGCAGAAAGAAACACUGAUCUCAGUUAUAGAAUCAUUUCAUCGUUCACUGAAAUGGACAUUAUCCACAAAGCUGUACUGAGUAUGGCGCCCAGGGAAGAAGAUUUGAUCAUCACAGAGUUUGACGGGACGACUGUGUUGUGCCGAGUGUGUGGAGACAAGGCCUCAGGUUUCCACUAUGGCGUACACUCCUGCGAGGGCUGCAAGGGAUUCUUCCGUCGCAGCAUCCAGCAGAAGAUCCAGUACCGCCCCUGCACUAAAAACCAGCAGUGCUCCAUCCUUCGCAUCAACAGGAACCGAUGCCAGUACUGCAGGCUCAAGAAGUGCAUCGCCGUGGGCAUGUCGAGGGAUGCUGUGCGCUUCGGGCGUGUGCCUAAACGCGAGAAGGCCAAGAUCCUGGCCGCCAUGCAGAGCGUCAACGCCAGGUCCCAGGAGAGGGCCGUCUUGCAAGAGCUGGAGGAUGACACCCGCGUCACCGCUGCCAUCAUCCGCGCCCACAUGGACACCUGUGACUUCACCAGGGACAAGGUGGCACCCAUGCACCAGCAAGCUCGCACACACCCCAGCUACACACAGUGCCCGCCUACUCUGGCGUGCCCGUUGAACCCACGACCAGUGCCCCUGCAGGGACAACAGGAGCUCGUGCAAGACUUCAGCGAGCGCUUCUCUCCCGCCAUCCGCGGCGUCGUGGAAUUUGCCAAACGUCUGCCAGGCUUCCAACAGCUGCCACAGGAGGACCAAGUGACACUCCUGAAGGCGGGCGUUUUCGAGGUGCUCUUGGUGCGUCUGGCGGGGAUGUUCGACGCCCGCACCAACACCAUGCUGUGCCUGAACGGUCAGCUGCUGCGCCGAGAGGCCCUUCACACUUCAGUCAACGCUCGCUUCCUCAUGGAUUCAAUGUUCGACUUCGCUGAACGUGUCAACAGCCUCUCCUUGAGCGACGCUGAGCUGGCGCUCUUCUGCGCCGUGGUUGUGUUGUCACCCGACCGCCCGGGCCUGCGCAAUGCUGAGCUCGUUGAUCGCGUGCAGAGGCGCCUCAUUAACUGCCUUCGGGCUGUUGUGACCAAGCAUCACCCCGAGAACCCCAGCCUACAGCGCGACCUCCUCUCCAAGAUCCCCGACUUGCGGACUCUCAACACACUGCAUUCAGAGAAGUUGCUCAAAUACAAGAUGACUGAGCACACCGCAGCCGGCGCUCCGUGGGACGACUCCCGCUCCUCCUGGAGCAUGGAACAAGAGAGCAGCGUGGGCUCACCCUCAUCUUCCUACACCGCCGACGAGGCCAUGCGCUCCCCAGUGUCGUGCUCUGAAUCCAUCUGCUCCGGCGAAUCCGCCAGCUCCGGCGAAUCGCUGUGCGGAAGUGAAGUGUCUGGCUACACGGAGCUCCGCCCUCCCUUCCCCCUCGUCCGCCGGCGCCACGACCACUCCGAAGGUGCUUCAUCGGGUGACGAGGCGUCCGAAUCUCCUCUGAAGUGCCCCUUCAGCAAAAGAAAAUCGGACAGCCCAGACGACUCGGGAAUUGAAAGCGGGACUGACAGGAGUGACAAGCUGUCCUCCCCGUCGGUGUGUUCUUCGCCGCGAUCAUCCAUUGACGAGAAGAGCGAGGAGGACCGCGAGGAUGACAUGCCAGUGCUGCGCCGCGCCCUGCAGGCGCCCCCCAUUAUCAACACGGAUCUGCUCAUGGAGGAAGCCUACAACAAGCCCCAUAAAAAGUUCCGUCCGCAACGUCGGGAAGAAGAGCCCCACUCCUCCCAGCCCACCUCCUCGCUCCUGGAGCAGACGCUGUCGCAGCCCCCGCAUCACCAGACCUCCUCUCUGGCUGCAACGCACGCCACCUUAGCCUCCACUCUGGCGUCAACACUUAGCUCGCCGAGCUUAGCUGCCUCCCACUCCACUCUCGCUCGCACCCUGCUCGAGGGAUCCAAGAUCUCCGAGGAUGCAAUGCGCCGCGCCGACAUCCUGCACUCCAUGAUCAUGCGCACUGAGGUUCGGGAGCGGUUACCCACUCCGCGAGUGUCACCUGCACCUUAUUACGUUCCGCAGCCCGCUGUGGACCGUGUACAGCCUCCAGCAUCUUCCUGGUCGUGCCCAGCCUCUCGCGGUUGCAGCAGCAGUAGCAGCACCAGCAGCAGCAGCAGCACUAGCGGUAGCCUAAGCCCCAUGCAGCCCACCGUAACCGCACAGCCACGGCUGCACCUCCUCACAACACCCACACCCUCGCGCUACUACGAGUCGAGGAUGUCGGCCACACCGGUGGGGCUUGGGGCACAGCCGUCUGGCUCUCCAAGUGCUUCUACCAUGAUACAUUCAGGCUUGGGUGCUCAGCCCAGCCAGAGGGAGCCUUCCCCCCUUGUCGAACUGCAGGUCGACAUCGCUGACUCGCAACCGCUCAACCUUUCCAAAAAGACGCCGCCGCCGACGCCACGGGAGUUCGCCAUGGAAGCGUAAUGCAAGGUUGGCCUGCGCUUACCCGAGUACAAAGCCACUGUGUGGCCCCGAUAUUCUCACUCUCAGGCGGACAGAAAGAGGACAGCGCGAGCAGCAGCAGCGACAAGAGGACGAGGAGAGGAGCGGUAGCGUUAAGAUGGAGGAAGAGGACGCAGCAGCUGCCGCAGCGUGCGGGAGGGUCCUGGAGCACGUAGCGACGUGGGUCAGCGCGUGCAGCGCCUCACCGGUGAUGGUAGCAGGGGCGUUGCUGCCUGCUCCCGACCCACCCGCAGCAGCAGUCAUGUACAGGGGGCGGGCGCCAGUCUAAACCCGCCCUAAACUCGGGCCGCCCCAGGUGGACCCAAUACUGGCCGCCCGCCCCGCCCAGCUUGUGAGGGCGGGAUUACCACAGGUAGUCCCGCCUGGGCGAGAGCCUAGUGAUGUACCUAGUUCAGUAUUCAUCGCCUCAUGCAGUCUCACCCCCCCGAGGACCACAGUCAUCGCCAUUACUCAUCUCUCAUUACUCAUGGCUAGAUCUCGAUGUCAUAAUUAAUAUUUAGCCCAGUGUCUGGCGAACUGUUUGUUAUGUCAUUAUUAUUACCGUCAUUAUAACUGUCAUUAUUAUUAUUAUCAUUAUUAUUAUUUUUAUUAUUAUUAUCAUCAUUCUUAUUAUCAUCAUUAUUAUUAUUACGUCAUGAUCAUGAUAGCUCUUAAUGUACUCUUAUGGACAUAAGUUUGUCAUAGCAAAUAGUUCCACCGUGUGCUUGUAUGUACAUUUUUGUAAUAUUUGGGAGUUCAAAUUUUGAGUCUUUAAAUAAAUGUGCAAAGAAAUAAAAA